GCUUGGGAAACCCUGAACCCUACAAAAGUCGAACCCUGAACGUGAACGGCCUCCACUCCACCCUCCAGCACCAGCACCAGCACCACUGCACCAGCACUACCACCCCUCCCCUUCCAUCCACCCCAUCCAUCCACCUGUACCCCUUCACUGAUCACCCAUCAUCCCCCUCGAAAAGCCCCCCAAUCUUGUGCAGGCAGGCUCACAGGACAGGGCUGGGCCGGCUCGGCUUCGUGGGUACAGGUAUAUGGCUCGUGUAGCACCACCGUCCUCUCAAUGUGAUAUUACCCAAUGCUGCGAACCCUCUGACUGUUUUUUGCAAUUCUUGAAAUUGCCAGUUUCUGCUUGAAUCCGACGUGAUGGGAUACACCCCGAAUUGCGACGGUGACCUCGACUUAUGAUGUGACGAUUCCCCUUUUCCCUCAAGCCAAAAACCUCGGAUUACUCAUCCUUCGCCUCUCCCUCUUCCCCAUGAUGUCCGCAAGGCCUCAAGUAGGCAUCGAGAGACUUCCCGCCCGACGCCUGAGCAACGAACCACGAGAAUCAAUGAAUUGCAAAUCCUGUAGAAAGCGGAAGGUUCGAGCAUUGGCCUAACAAGAUUUUCCGUGUGGCUAAAUGUUUUUCCAGAUCAAGUGCAACCGACUGCGGCCAACGUGCGAGGCAUGCCAGGUCUUCCAAUGCCCCUGUAUAUAUGGUGCGUGAUCUCUAUUCGCGUGGGCCAGAAGCAGAAGCACUGGCGGCGAAAUGGUGGUUUCUGGACGGCGCCUGUACUGACUGCUCUCCAGAUGCCGUUCCCAAGAAACGAGGCCCCAAGACGGAUGUAUUAGAGGCAUUGCUCAAAAGGGUGGAUGGGCUGGAGAAGAAGUUGAAGGACGAGAAGAAACCGAACUCGCCAACCACUGGCAGCGAGGAAAACGGUAACACUUCCGGGCCGGAUAAAGCAGCUGUAACAGAAGAGCAAGAACGAGAACCAGAACUGGAGCACGACCGAGAACAAGAACUGCGCGAACAAGAAGUGCGAGAAGUCCGACAGGUCAAACUGCAAAUCGACACAGCAAAUCAAGCGGCGGGCAAUGCAGGUGCCUUGGGACAGGAAACCGCCAUCUACUCGCCAACGCCAGUAAAGUCAGUACGAAGCCGUAGCGAGAAUCAAAAGGGGGAGCAGAAAGAACUGACUUCGGUCCUCCUUAGUGAACCAUCACCGGCCGCACAACACCACGAAAAUCUGCUCGACACGUAUUUUGCGCGUUGUCAUGGCAAACCAUACUACAUCCUCGACGAACCUUCGACCCGGCAGCGCAUCCAGCGUGGCCAGCUCCCGUCGCAUCUGCUGUGUGCAAUAAAUGCAGUCAGUGCAAGGUGGGCAGAGUCCUAAAGUCCUGGAGCGUUGUUGAAACUAAGUGAAACAGAUAUACACCGCAUCCAAACGGAUACAAUGCGGCGGUCCGGUCAAGCGAGGAAUAUGCCCUCCGUUCAAGAAGCGAGCUAGACACCGACGACCCCUCCAUCGAGAGUUUGCAGAGUCUGCUGCUUCUCGUCAUGGCAUUCACCGCCGCAGGACGAGGCAAAAAGGCAUACAUGAUGCUGGGUGCGUUGCUUGUCGUCUCCUUCGUCUACCACACACACACUAACUUUGAUGAUAGUAAGUGCAAUGGGUAUGGCUGUCGCCUUAGAACUUCACCGCGAAUUUGAGCGAAGGAGUGGCUUUACCCCUGUGGAAAAGGAAAUGCGCCGACGACUUUUCUGGACCUGUUAUGUGAUGGACCGGUUCACUACGUGUGGCUCCAAAAGACCAUCAUUACUAGCCGACAAAUCGGUUCUGGUACGACUACCUUCUUGGUCUCCCAGCCUUGGAUCCCUCGCCAUCGAAGGAGAAUUCUUCCAAAACGGAUCUAAUCUUCAAUACCAUGGCGGAUCAGGGAAGAAAUGCCAGGGUAGCAGUGGUAUGCUGAUUGAUAUUGUCCGCAUCUUGGGCAUCACAAAUCGAUACCUCGCAGCUGGAGGAGUGAAAGGAGACAGUCAUUUCCCAUGGCACUCACUAUCGAAUCUCUCAAAAAUACGACAAGAACUAGAUGUGUGGGCAUCUGGAACCCAAGAGGUUUUUUCCUCAGUAGACAAUCUUUUUGGGCAACCGGAUAGCACAACACUUGUUCUCAGCAAACUUGUUUAUCACCUCAUUCAUUGCUUGAUAUAUCGACCCUUUCUUCCAAUUGAUCUUGCCGAGCUCGCCGGGACCGGUCAACAUCAGUCAUGGCAGAUUGAGGCCACAAAUCUCUGCUUUUUGCAUGCAAAUGCAAUUGCAGAGUUGGGAGAACUAGGUAAGUAGUGUCGUUGUUUUCAAUUCCAAUCUCUAAUCAUAAAAUAGGUAAACAAUCCCCUUCAGUUGAAUGGCCAGCCUUUAUUGGAUAUUGUAUAUGCACAGCUGGAACCGUUCAUGUUCACGGAUCUCACUAUAGAGGAAGCUUCGAGGGAGAAGUUUUCUCUGCAUCAGCCGACUUUCUGUCUCGAGAGAUGCAACAACUGUCAGAAUUACGAUACGCUUGGUCCUCGGUACAACACCAGAGAGAGACUUUGCAAACUAUAUAUGGCUGCCACUCGGAACUUGUAAACUCCUUGGCAAGUAAUCCCUUACGAUACAGUCCCGUAUUUCACUUGGAAGAUUUUUUCGACCGAUAUAUCGAACUCGGUCAGUCCUUCGACGGAGCCCACAUAUCUUUCGCCGAUAUUCUUGUGGAUCCGAAUCAAGAGACGUACACAGGACAUGGCUUAUACGACAACCGGAUCAACCAUGGGGUGUCAGAUCGUUCACAGGCAAGCCUACCAUCAUCAAGGCCGCACCCAAAACGUAAAUCUUCGGCUGCAGCUAGAAAGAAGCAUAUUGAUCUAAAAGUUGCACACAGAAACGCUCAUCCAGAGACAAAUUUCAUGUCACCAAGCAGUAGUCUGAUCAAUGGCAUGCACAGCGCAGGGAAUCCAGAGAAUAGCAGUCCUUCAGAUACACGACAUCCUCAGCGUCAACAAUCCAUGCACGACCCUUCUCCCCUAACUCCAUAUAGCCAGCACCCUUCCAUGACACCGACUCUUUCACGAGUGCCCUUUUCUCCUCCAUAUUCAUAUAGUUCUACCAACCAACCCGAAAAUUUCGACCCUAUGUUUGGCGUGCCACAGAUAGGCUUCGGAUAUGGAAAUAACGUGCAUGUACAAGAGGGUAUGACCCCUGGAGGGCGUAGUGCUGGAGAGAGCACUGUCACAGCAGCCACCUCGGAAGAGAAGGAUCCAUUCCUAAGCCUGCUAGAACAACUAGCGGAAAAUGAGCAUAGUCGAGGCGGACCGAGCGAGUUGGACUUUUUCUUAAGCGGACAAAAUACAUGAAUUGGGGAUACGCAAAUAGGAUAGGCGCUGGCGUGAAAAUGGAUUCUGAUUCUGGGUACAUAUGGGAUGGUUUUGGGACUUGGACUAAUAAAGGAGUCCUGGAUUUUUUUUUACAGCCCUUUUGGCGAUUCGGAAGGCAUGAGAGGAGAUGGCUUUGGUUCUUUUUUGUUUUAUCUUCUUUUCUAUCUGUACAUCAAUUUUUGGAUGGCUAUGAUUUUAGCGUUUAUUUACAUAUUUCACAGGCGUUUCGAACGAUGCACUUGAUCGGAAGACAGGCUUAAAUUCCUGCAUUUUACAUUAUCGUCUCAUGCUCUUAGACUUA